AUGAUCUAUCGGAAGUGGAGUCUCCUUACAGGUCCGGCGGCUAUCCUCGGCGGCGUAGUAGCAACCGUUGCCGUCGCUAACUUCAUCUUGGUCAAGAAUGAUCCAUUCACUAAACCAGAGGAGAGGAAGUUUGGAAAUCAACCUGCAACCAAGUAG